AACCUGUAGCUGCUUAGCGGCAGAGUGGUUCAAUUCCACCUUUCGGGCGGUGUGUCGCCUUUUCCAAUACGAUUUCUCUCUUAUGUUUACCUUUAUUAUUGGUGGGAGUUUAACACAUAGUGGAAGUGGAAAUAGGUCGACAUCAUCCCACAGCGGCAUCGCUAAUAGUGUUGCCAUAUUGGGCCAGAUUUCCUGCCCAAUCUGGCUGAAGCGUAUUACAUGGGGACAAUGUAAGUCAGGGUGAAUGAGGUGUAAGGAAACUGAAAUCUAAACAAUAGUGGUUUAAAUAUUGAAAAGCAAUGGGAUCGUAAACUUUCAAUGUUCACACACCUAUACUUGCCAACGCCCAUGCGCGACCUCGACUUGGCCCGGAAACACUAAAGACGACCGCUUGAGCGGCCAAUCAUCAGCAAGAAUUUCAGCUCAGCCAAUCAUCGCAUAGCUUGCUCCGGUGGGCGGGUUUGAUAAAUACGGAAGUGUUCCAUGUGUGCGGGUGGCUGUGUGUCCUUGGUUGUAAGCAGGUAGUCCUGGGCGGUUAGGGUCAGGGUCUUAGGCCUGACGUAGAACCAUGCCGCUCCACACGUAUGGGUUAGGGUUACCUUAACCCUAGCUUUACUGUGACCCUUCUCAGCAGGUAGUCCAGGGCGGUUAGGGUCAGGGUCUUAGGCCUGACGCAGAACCAUGCCGCUCCACAAGUAUGCUCCCAAGCUGUGGGACGCCAUGAAGCUGAAGCAGGGCAUCCACGCCCGCCUGCCCCUGCACUACCUCCGGGCCCUCGAGCCCCGGGAGCCCACUCCGGUCCACUGGAGGCCCCUGGGGGUCCAGUACAGAGCCAACCCCACCACAGGGCUCAAAGAACGGGUCCAGGACGUCCCCAUCCCCAUCUACCACCCCCCGCAGUCCCAGGACGGCCUGUGGGGGGGCGAGGGCUGGAUCUCAGGCUUCAGAUACGCCAACAAUGACAAAAUGUCUAACCGUGUGAAGAAGCUGUGGAAACCGCAGCUGCUGAAGAGGGAGCUCUACAGCGAGAUACUGGACCACAAGUUCACCAUCACCGUCACCCCGCGCACCCUGGACCUCAUUGACGCCGCCUACGGCUUUGAUCUGUACAUUCUCACGACCUCAAAGGAAGACCUGAACUCCAAGCUGGGGAUGGACCUGAAGAGGGCCAUGCUGCUGAGGCUCGCUCGCAGGGAGACCGAGCUCUACCCCACGGACCACGUGAAGAGGGCCACGGUCUACAGCAAGUACAAGCAGUUUGAGGUCCCGGAGGAGGAGGCGGAGUGGCUGGGUCUGAACCUCGAGGAGGCUGUGGAGAAGCAGAGACAGCUGGAGCACAAGGAUCCCGAGCCCCAGUUCAGAGGCUGCGUGGAGCAGCUGCUGAAGGAGCUGACCGUCCAGAAGCUGUCGGAGCCCACGCUCGUGGAGAAGAAGUGACCGCUGGAGCCGCCGCGUGGGCACGCACGUGCAUACACACACAGUGAGGACUUGUGUGUGUGUGUGUAUGCGUGGGCAAGCACGUGCACCUGCAUACAGACUUGUGUUGGCAGGUCUGGGUUGCCCCUGACCCCCAGCCGGCCCUUGACCCCUGACCCCAAGCCGGCCCCUGAGGACCCCCGACCCCAGGUGGCCCUUGACCCCUGACCCCAGCCGGCCCUUGACCAGCCGACCCUUGACCCCCGACCCCACCCGGCCCUGAGGACGAACCGCGUCUCCUCACUUUGAGUUGGCGAGGCACGCAGGCAAGUGACCCCAAUGGAUUUGUGUAGAACCGUCUCCAUCAGUGUAAAUAAACCCUGGGCUCAGUGGGGUCGCCUGUGCAACCAAUUAAAUAUUGUUCUUUAA